AUGGUAUUCAGAUUCCCAGUAAAGAUUGCCCUUCCUAAGCAUGCAUACCUAAACGGAAGAGUUAUCAAAGAUCACUUUAAAAGAACUCAAGUAGCAGAGCAUGAAGUGACUCGUAAUGCUUUGAAAUAUAUCGCUAGAAACACUGAAUUACCUGCCAGAGCCAGAGUGGAAGCACAGUUGCAAUUGACUUCUAUGCCAAACUACACUCGCCCAACGCAGAUUGUGGACAGAUGCAUUGCAUCUGGAAAUGCCAGAUCUGUUGUGAGCGACUUUAAGCUCAACAGAACCGCUUUUAGAAACAGAGCUAGAUUGGGCCAAAUCCCAGGUGUAAAGAAGGCCUCUUGGUAA